AUGGCCCGGGAUGAAUCUGAGCAACAAUAUUUGGAGCCCCCGAUCAUCACGGCCAUCAAGAACGACGCGGGUUACGGGAAUGAAAUGAAUCGGCAUGCGAUGGAAAGGUCAUUCAGCCAGGACAUUCAAGAAGGCACUCAAGAGCUAAAAGAGGCGGCCGAACAGACUCGGAAUAUCAUUCUUGAUCUCAGCUUAGAUGGCCAUGUUCGCUGGGUCAGCCCCUCUUGGACCGAUGUUGUCGGCACUGAUCUCGAGCAUGUUCGAGGUCGCAAGAUUUCGGAUUUCAUCAGUGACAAUCCCCGUGUCUUCGAUUCCGCUAUCGAAGCACUGAAGUCCAAUGAUUCCAAGAGUCAGUUCGUGAAAUUCGCCGUCAAGGUUGGCCCCUCCUCCGACAUGGGGAGUAUGCUACCGACAACCGACGGCCAGGAACCGAGUGAGGACAAUGUUGAAACCGAUGCAAGUGGAAACGCAACCCUCGAACUGGAGGGCCAGGGAAUCAUGGUCUACGACAGGACGUCCGGAGGGGAAUCGCACACCAUGUGGAUGUUACAGCCAGCUCAAGAGCCCGUCCGCAUCGAAAUAGCUCUACCUCGAGCACUCGUCGAAACCCUUGGAGUUGGCGCAGAGAUUCUGGCAAAAUACCUCACUGAGCUUGCAGAGUUCGGGGCUAACGACCCCGAGAAUCACCCACCGCCCCUUCCUAUACUCUGUCGGGUGUGCGAAAGAUCCAUCGUCCCGUGGUGGUUUGAGAAGCACUCGGAUCUUUGUGUACAAGAACACAAGGCUGAAAUGGAUGUGCAGAUGGUUCAAGAAAAUCUCUCAGAACAUCGGCACGCAAUUGUCAAAGUGCUCGACGCUUUCGAGGUCCGUCAAGGGCGAGGCUCAGGCGGCGAAACAACCACCCCCGCCUCAGUUCCUGAGUACAAGGGUAUGCCGAUCGGCCCAUCGCCAACCUCUUCAACUGGCGUCUCUUCCGCUUCAGCAUCUCAUAGUGCCAGUCCGGUGAGAUCUCGAAGUCCGUCCACGGCUGGUCUCGGUCAUGCUCGGGCUCGUUCAUUCGUGGUCCGGCGCCCUUUGGUGCGCAUUGUGGAAUUGAUCCUAGACCUGUGCGACACGGCCAUUGAAAUCAAUGUACCCUCGAUCAAGGACAGCAAAAGCUCUGCGGAAGACGACUUCAAGUCGCAGUCCCCACAGUCAGAAUCCAGAAUCUCCCAAAUUAUCCAAUGGCAACCUCCAAGCAGCCUGGACAACGAGCCCGGCUUAGCUGCCUUGAGUGCGGAUACCGAAAAAUUGGCUCGUGCAAAGGUCGAUGCAGUCCACCGAUAUCAAAAUGUUUUGGAAUACUCUGAGCGGAUCCGACAAGAGUACAUGGCUGAAGUGGAUGCAUGUAUCAACGAAGCUUUGAUCAAGGCUGAAAGGGCUGCAGCAGGUGAGGCAUUGUCUUCCAGUGAAAGCGAGUCUGAAGAGGAGCCUGCUCUAGAAGGCAUUCUCGAAAGCCCGGGAGAAGAUAUGGAGUCGACGCCUCAGCCGCUCCCUAUUGACACUACCGAGCCUGAAGCGAGUCGAAGCACAUCUUACGUCGGAUUGAGGUCAAUGGCUUCCGCCCUCAGAAAUCCAAGAGACUUGCCCCAUAUCACCAUGGGAGCCGACAAGAGACGAUCUUCAUCUCAGGCGGUUUCGACCGGCUCCAGCAGCCCAAUCGAAUGUCCCACCCCAAAGUCUCAUCGGAGCAAUCUCAUCUCUCAACCACAACCAAUCUCGAACAGGCGGUCGAUGUACAUUGAUGACGCCAACGACAGCGACAGCAGUCUUCCACCGCCCUCUCUGUUGUCCGGCAAUUGGCGGGCCGACUCUCCAGCCUCUGUAUCCGAUCAUGGUCGAACUGCUCAGUCACGAGACAGGAAGAGGCGGAGCAUGCAUCUUCAUGGCCUUAAUUCGGCCUCACCCCAUCGCCAGCAGUCUCCAGGAAGAUACCCGCCGCCGCCACCAUCACCGCUGCGAAUGACCAAGUCUAGAAUUCCCAGCGGAGAAAUAGCCCAAUCGCCUGUUGUGUCACCAUUGCUGACGGCCGGCGAAUUUGUGCCCCCAAGCAAUGGUCCGACUCUGCAUAGAAGGCAGUCAUCGAUGCAUUCGUCUGACCUGAAGACCCCUGCCUCACCUAUGUUGAACUCUAUUUCUCAUCCGCAACAACGGUCGCAGCCCCCUUCAAUCAAGGAUUUUGAGAUCAUCAAGCCGAUCAGCAGAGGUGCCUUUGGAAGUGUGUAUCUGGCCAAGAAGAAAAUCACUGGCGAAUACUUUGCUAUCAAAGUGCUUCGCAAAUCGGACAUGAUUGCCAAAAAUCAAGUCACAAAUGUCAAGGCUGAACGCGCCAUCAUGAUGUGGCAAGGGGAAAGCGAUUUUGUUGCCAAAUUGUACUGGACGUUCUCCAGCAAGGAUUAUCUCUACCUGGUCAUGGAGUACCUGAACGGAGGUGAUUGCGCUUCACUCGUGAAGAUUCUCGGAGGUUUGAGUGAAGACUGGGCUAAGAAGUACAUCGCUGAGGUCGUUCUCGGGGUCGAACAUCUGCACUCUCGAGGGAUUGUCCAUCGUGACUUGAAACCCGAUAAUCUUCUGAUCGACUCCAAAGGCCAUCUCAAGCUUACCGACUUCGGUCUGUCUCGCAUGGGCCUUGUUGGUCGACAAAAGCGUGCACUCAAGCAACCAGAUGAGGCCGUGCCCGAUCUUCUGAAGCAAGGUCCUUUCACUCAGAGCGGUUCAGGCUCGAAUCCGACCUCGAGAUCCACCUCCUUUGAUUACCAAGGCCCCCAUUCGCCAGCACCGACACCUCUCAUGACGCCCGCUUUCACCGGAGGUCUUGAUCAACCUUCUUACUUCAGCUUGAAUCGGGAAAGCUCUCUAAGCCGAGAAACUUCACUGAGAAACUCCGGCUAUCGGAGUGAUAGCGGCAGCGGCUCAAGCUUCGAUCUCCAUCAGCUCUUCAAAAAACUCGGCGUGCACGAAGACACGGAUUCCCCUCCUCAGAUCUUCCCUCGAAAGAUCGAAGAAGAAGCGUACAGUCAGGGCAGUGCAUCGCCUGAUCUCUUCCCACUGUCUCAGUCGAUGAGUAAUAUCUCUCAAGCCGCUCCCGCUCCUUUAACUUCUCAGAUCUUAGCUCCCCCACUGUUUGAGCCUGAAGAGAGUGAUCGUCGUUUCGUGGGUACGCCAGACUAUCUGGCUCCCGAAACUAUUAACGGCACCGUACAAGAUGAGAUGUGUGACUGGUGGUCUUUGGGGUGUAUCAUGUUCGAAUUCCUUUAUGGCUUUCCACCUUUUAAUGCAGAGACGCCGGAAAAGGUAUUUGACAACAUUCUGAACCGGAGAAUUGCCUGGCCCGAGGACGACGAAAUCGAAGUCAGUCCAGAAGCGAGAGAUCUCAUUGACAAGCUCAUCCAGCUCGAUCCGAGAGAAAGACUGGGUGCAAAUAAGGACGAGAAGUACCCAAGUGGUGGCGCCGAGAUUCAAGCGCAUCCCUGGUUUGCUGACAUCCAUUGGGAUACACUCUUAGAAGACGAAGCCCAGUUUAUUCCCAACCCCGAGCAUCCAGAAGACACCGAGUACUUUGAUUCGCGCGGGGCCACCUUGUCUUCCUUCCCUGAAGAACUAGAAGACCAAAUCUCGCCAGCUGGUACAACUCCCAACGGUUCAGAAUAUCCCAAUCGUCCGCACGAUGCACUCUUUCGAGUCAGAACGCAAGCUAGUUCUGCUAAGCGUGGCCUCAUGCCUCUCCACAUUCCUCCCCAUGUGGCACGCGAUUCCCGCAGUCGAAGACUCAGUGAGCCUGUCAUUGCCGACGACUUUGGCAAUUUUACUUUCAAGAACUUGCCCGUGCUGGAGAAGGCCAACAAGGACAUAGUUGAAAGAAUGAGGAAAGAAGCGAUGCAAGCGCAAGCUAGAGGCUAUGCUCAUUCGCAAGCUAUGUCUGCCACUAACAGUCCUGCACUGGGAUCUCCUGGGCCUUCCCUUGAAGGCAGUCCAAUGAUGCCGAUGCCGGUCAAGCGGGCGCUAUCUAUCAGCAAAGGUCACAGGCCUGGCUCUCCGUCGAGCCUAGGUACCUCCAACUCGUCUCCUAGCAGACCUUCUCAACCUUCUUCACCCCUAUUAGUGCAAUUCUCCGCAGCGCAGCAUCACGAUAGACGAAAGACCUCUGGCUCUUCCCAAGGAAGCAGCUCUCUUGCUCCGAGUAGCUUUUUCGAUAUCCCUCAUGAUGCUAUCAAGCAUGGACAAACGGCCACCUCGUCCCCUAUCAAAGCUGCUCGGAUGCCGUCAGUCUCGCCCGCCAAAGGUAUGCCUCCACCACGCGCUACUACAGUCAAUGGCCGCACCAGGUCGCAGACUGUCGGCUCACAGGAAAGUGAUGGACAAGCUCCUCAACGAGAAGCCUUCGUGCCCGGUCAUCACAAGCGCAAGAGCCAACUACUCGUCAGAGAUGUUUCACCAUCGUCUUCGGACAACGAGUCUGCGCAAGCAAAGGCACUGCUCAAGGUUCAACGUCGGCGGCAGAGCUCAAGGAGACUGUCACAGAUCAACUUUCUUGAGGGCCCUACGUAUCGACCUCUGGACGUCCUGAUCUGCGAGGAUCACCCAGUGUCCAGGAUGGUAAUGGAGAGGCUGUUUGAGAAAUUACGCUGUCGGACGAUCACAGCAACCAAUGGCCCUGAUGCUCUACGACUUGCUGUUAGUCAGAUUCAAUUUGAUGUUAUCUUCAUGGAAUUCAAGCUGCCUCUUAUCAGUGGGGUCGACGUGGCUCGCAUGAUUCGAGACACAAAGAGCGCCAACACCAGCACCCCAAUUGUCUGCAUCACGGGAUAUUUGAAAGAUCUUCCCGAAGUCCACCACUUCGAUACUCUGAUGCAGAAGCCGCCGACCACUCAAAAACUGACCGAGAUGUUGGCCAAAUACUGCGCUUGGAAGCCCGCGCCAAAAGACUUCCGGAUGGCAGUUCCGUUAACCAUCCCACAUCUCAACACACGAUUUGAACCUGUGCCCACGCAAGAUAGCCCCAGCUCUGUGGCUUCGAGCUUGGCACCGACUAUGCCCGACUCGUCAUAUCGAGGCUCAGGCCGGGAGGAUUCUAUUGGCAGUGGCGGGUUUUUUAGUGAUUUGGAAUCCUUCAAGAGCGAUGAUAUUCCGGUCAUUGUGUCUCGAGCCGCGACGGAUGAAUGGGCAAAGGCUGGAUUAGGGAUUUCCGACGAUAUCGUGAUAGGGCAGCGACCUUAUAUCCAGUCAGGAUACCCUCAUCUUGUUCAUACCGAGUCUGCACCCCCGAGCGCUUGCGUCGAUGACACUGGUGGAUAUGGUCUUCAAACUCCCCGGCGGCAAAAGUCAUCGGAAGCUGUCAGAACGAAGCGAGAACUGCUCGAGAAGAACAUGAACCAUGCGAGUGGAGCAGCCGAAGAAGGAGAUGAUGAAGACGAGGAACUGGGUGAUGUCCAAGUGCGGGCGCGGUCACCAAUCGGUAAACCCCCACGGCCAUCAUCGAAACUCGGAAUCGAAAUGAUGCGCACAAACAGUCGCGGAAGUGUCAUCUCUAUGGGUGAAGACAGGCCAGCGGAGGCAGACAGCCUUCGGAGGUCUUUGGAGAUUCUCGAAGAGCGCAUGGAGAAUCUCAAAAUCCCCGAGGAACCCAGUACGGCUUCGUUGACAGAGAUCCAGCCGCGGAAGAAGCUGGAGAGAAGCAUCUCUCAGCAUUCACAUCCUGAGCAGGAGAUUAUGCGUUCGCCCAGCAGCCAAAUCACCCCACCGGUCAUAUUCUCCCCCAAACCAGGAACCACCUUUGCCGAUAUCGAGAUGGAUAUCACUCCUGUGCCGACGAAGAUGGUCAACAUCGAAGAGGAGCCUACCCCGAAGCCCCAAGGCAGUCCCUCAGGAGCAGAAAUCACACAAUCUCAGCGCUAG